AUGGCCUUACCAAUACAUUGUAUCCAACCGACCGGAGUUUUUAUCGAAGCACGUAUUGAGGGACGUGAGCAAAAAUGUUUGGUAGAUGAAGGAGCGUCCGUAUCUUUAGUAAGUCGUCAAUUGGUCCCUGGUCCUUUGACACCAUGUUCUCUGAAAGCACGAGGAAUCGGCGGUGAAGAACUUCAAGUUCUUGGUCAAGCAAAACUACAGUUCCAGUUGGGUAAGGACACAUUUGUUCAUUCGUUUGUUGCGGUUGGCAUGACUAAUACUUGUAUUUUGGGUGCUGACUUUUUAAAAGCUAGCAAAAUGUUGUCCUGGCCGGGUGGUAACGUACCACUAGUUGUAGAGCUUACAACCCCAUCAGUCAAUAAGUUGAGUGUCUUAUUGGAGAAUUAUGCGGAUGUGUUUGUAAACGGUCCGAAUGAUCCGUUGGGUUGUACUCGAGACACGGAACAUUUGAUUGACAUGGGAGACAGUCUACCAAUCAAGCAACGCCCCUAUCGAAUCCCUGUACACCUCCAAACCGUGGUUAAUCAACAAGUUGCUGAAAUGCUAGAGCGAGGUCUCAUUAGAUCAAGCACUAGUCCCUGGUCAUCACCAAUUGUGUUAGCGUCGAAAAAGGAUGGAAAUUAUCGGUUUUGUGUAGAUUUUUGUCGGGUAAAUUCGGUGACGAAGAAGGACGCGCAACCAAUGCCACAAAGCGAUGACAUUCUCGAUCAGUUGGGCGGAGCAAGAUGCUUUAGUACACUUGAUCUUGCAUCUGGCUAUUGGCAGGUUCCGUUACGAGAGGAAGACAGGGAGAAAACAGCGUUCUCGGUUGGGGUGAACCAUUACGAGUUUACAGUCAUGCCUUUUGGUCUGACCAACGCUCCUGCCACUUUCCAACGUAUGAUGAGCACCAUCCUUAAGCGAGUGAAAGGAUAUCUAGUUUUCUUGGAUGACAUCAUCAUAUUUGCUGAUACGUGGGAGGAACAUCACCUUAUUCUCGAGGAAGUCCUUGGACGUAUUCGGGCAGCUGGUCUGAACUCAAAAGGGAGAAGUGCCAGUUUGGGAAAUCAUCGGUAAAGUUUCUUGGUCAUGUCGUGUCUGCUCAAGGUACGGAGCCUGAUCCCGAGAAGGUGAAAGCAGUGCAAGAUUUUCCACCCCCAACCUCAGCAAGUUCGGUGCUUUUUAGGCAUGGCGUCUUACUACCGGCGCUUUGUCAACAAUUCAUGACCUCACAAAAGGUCAACCGGAAUUCUGCUGGUCACCUCAGGCUGACAAGGCUUUCACCACUUUGAAGUAUCAUCUUUGCUCUUCACCAGUCCUCGCCUUGCCAAACUUUUCUAUACCUUUUACCAUCUACACGGAUGCCAGCGAUGUGGACCUGGGCGCGGUAUUAGCCCAACGCAUUGGCAGUCGAGAACAUGUUAUUGCCUAUGCCAGUCGCGCUUUAACAUCCGCAGAAAAAAACUAUUCAACUACUGAGAAGGAAUUAGCGUUUGUUGAUCAAGUGAUUACUCGCCACGGAAUCCCCAGAUAGGAUCUUGACUGACCAGGGGAGAAAUUUCGAGUCUGACCUGAUGAAGAAAGUAAUGCAGCUCCUUGGUGUAAAGAAAUUGCGGACCUCGCCGUACCAUCCCCAAACCGACGGACAAGUAGAGCGAUUUAAUCGCACCUUAAAGGGGAUCCUGACAUCGUAUGUUAACGACGACCACAACGAUUGGGACAUUCAUCUACAACUAGCGUUGCUCGCCUAUCGGACGAGCAUACACAGAUCAUCGGGCGUUUCACCUUUUAAAACUGUUUAUGGUCGUGAAGCUGUCUCUCCAUUAACGCUGAUUGAUGGAGAAAAUAUGUCAACCAGAGGCUUAUCAGGAAACUAUUGUGACGAGCUCGAGCAGACCUUACGUAAGGUGCACAAACAUGUUGCGAAUAACAUCAGCCUAGCCCAGAAGAGACAAAAGGAAGACUAUGACAGAGCGACUAAAGUCGAGAGCACACAGCUUAAGCCAGGAGAUCGGGUGUGGCUAAAUAGUAAAGCGAUACCGAAGGGGAAAAGUCGUAAGUUUCACCAAGAGUGGACAGGACCGUACGAGGUACUUCGCCAACUGGGUCGCGUCAAUUACCACAUUAAGCCGGAAGUGGGAAAAGCAAAGACGAAAGUGGUACAUCAGAACCGUUUGAAGAGGUUAGAGAGUCGUUCGAAUUCAGAACUACCCAAGAUCAAUGAGCUCAAUGAGCCGGUGAUAACUCAUCAUGAGGAAGAACAGUUAACUGUACCGCAAGAGACACCAACUACUGUUAGAGGGCUGCGCCGUUCGACCCGUGUACGUCGACAGCCGGAUCGGUAUCAAGACUUUACUUUAGAAGAUGUCGAGAUCGAGGACGCUCUCUUUUAA